AUGCGUGCCAGAAUUCGCAUGAGGCACCAGGGCUCACCAAAACAGUUGACGAGAGUGGGAUUCGAACCCACGCCCCCGAAGGGACUGGUGCCUAAAACCAGCGCCUUAGACCGCUCGGCCAUCUCGCCAUACAUACUCGUCGAAGGCAGCAGUUCAAAUGGAAUUCCCAGAUUUUCCACAGUUCCACAUGCGUGCCAGAAUUCGCAUGAGGCACCAGGGCUCACCAAAACAGUUGACGAGAGUGGGAUUCGAACCCACGCCCCCGAAGGGACUGGUGCCUUAAACCAGCGCCUUGGACCGCUCGGCCAUCUCGCCACAUCUCAAUUCCGGAAGGCAGCAGUUCAAAUGGAAUUCCCAGAUUUUCCACAGUUCCACAUGCGUGCCAGAAUUCGCAUGAGGCACCAGGGCUCACCAAAACAGUUGACGAGAACCGCUCGGCCAUCUCGCCAUACAUACUCGUCGAAGGCAGCAGUUCAAAUGGAAUUACCUAGAUUUUCCACAGUUCCACAUGCGUGCCAGAAUUCGCAUGAGGCACCAGGGCUGACCAAAACAGUUGACGAGAGUGGGAUUCGAACCCACGCCCCCGAAGGGACUGGUGCCUUAAACCAGCGCCUUGGACCGCUCGGCCAUCUCGCCACAUCUCAAUUCCGGAAGGCAGCAGUUCAAAUGGAAUUCCCAGAUUUUCCACAGUUCCACAUGCGUGCCAGAAUUCGCAUGAGGCACCAGGGCUCACCAAAACAGUUGACGAGAGUGGGAUUCGAACCCACGCCCCCGAAGGGACUGGUGCCUAAAACCAGCGCCUUAGACCGCUCGGCCAUCUCGCCAUACAUACUCGUCGAAGGCAGCAGUUCAAAUGGAAUUCCCAGAUUUUCCACAGUUCCACAUGCGUGCCAGAAUUCGCAUGAGGCACCAGGGCUGACCAAAACAGUUGACGAGAGUGGGAUUCGAACCCACGCCCCCGAAGGGACUGGUGCCUAA